AUGGAACAAAAGUUUGGUCUCAUUUUAAUAAAGAAUGAUAUUUUAUCUAUUGUCGAUGAAAACAUGCCCGUUCCUACAGUAUCAUUAUUGGUAUUAUUAUUAUCAUUAUUAUUAUUUUUAUUAUCAUUAUCAUUAUUAGUAUUAUUAUUAUCAUUAUUAUUAUCAUUAUUAUUAUUAUUAUUAUUAUCAUUAUCAUUAUCAUUAUCAUUAUUAGUAUUAUUAUUAUUAUUAUCAUUAUUAUUAUUAUUAUUAUUAUUAUCAUUAUUAUUAUUAUUAUUAUUAUUAUCAUUAUUAUUAUUAUUAUUAUUAUCAUUAUUAUUAUUAUUAUUAUUAUCAUUAUUAUUAUUAUUAUUAUCAUUAUCAUUAUUAUUAUUAUCAUUAUUAUUAGUAUUAUUAGUAUUAUUAUUAUUAUUAUUAUUAUUAUUAUUAUUAUUAUUAUUAUUAUUAUCAUUAUUAUUAUUAUUAUCAUUAUUAUUAUUAUCAUUAUUAUUAUUAUCACUAUUAUUAUUAUUAUCAUUAUUAACAUUAUCAUUAUUAUUAACGUAG